AUGCUUAGCGUGAACCAUUCGGUGGAGGAUAUCCACAGGUACCCGUACCCACAACGGACGUCCCAGAUGAACCCCAACAUGUCCACAACCAACAUCUUCCAGUUGAACCAGCCGAAGGCGCUCCGCAACCCGCUAUCAGCUUAUCAGCAGAUCACGCCGCCCUCGUCCAAUUCUUCUACUCCCGUGGCCGAACGCAGAGAAGGCUUCAGUUUCAGUCUUUCCGCCAACGCUUCUACUUCGAGUCUUGACUUAAAGGCUGCUGGGGAAAAGGCUGCUGCUGGCUGGACCUCGUGGCUCCCGGAGGUUGACUUGAAAGUGGUGUCCUUGUGCACCUUGUGGUACGGCUUCAGUAUAGUGUCAAACAACUCUACAAAGGCCAUUUUGUCGAGGUUCUCGUAUCCUGUGAGCUUGACCCAGUUCCAGUUCGUGUUGAACGCCUUGCUUUGCAUCUCGCUUUUCGCUGCUCUUUCGCAGAAGCCCUCGUGGGCCUCUCACUUCCCCAAGGCGUCCAUUCCAAACUUGCAUGCUCUUGACUGCUCCGUGGUCAAGUUCCUUACUCCUAACGCAUUCAUCAUCUCCACAACCUUGCCCAUGGGCAUUUUCCAGUUCUUGGGCCACAUCACAAGCCACAAGGCCACCUCCAUGAUUCCGGUGUCUUUGGUGCACACCAUCAAAUCCUUGUCGCCCAUCUCCACUGUGUUGAUAUACAGGGCUUUUCUCAGAACGAGAUUCAAAACUGUUACCUAUGUGACGCUCAUCCCGUUGAUUCUCGGGAUAAUGCUCACAUGUUACAAGCCCAAGAACUUGAACACUGCCCCGGGCUAUUUUUCCGGCUUGUUUUACGCUUUCAUUUCGAUGUUGAUCUUCGUCUUGCAAAAUAUCUUUGCCAAGAAGAGAUUGACUGUCAAGAGCCUGGAAGAAACUUCUUCGCUCCCGUCAUAUAAGGCUGGCGAGGAGAAAAAGCUCGAUAAGUUGACUAUUUUGCUUUUCUGCUCCGUCAUUGGUUUUCUUUUCACGAUGCCCAUCUACAUUAUUUCCGAGUUUCACAACGACGUGUUUUCUCUCGGCCAAUUGACACUUCCCCUUGUGUCGUUGGUUGUGUUGAACGGCGUCUCUCACUUCUUACAAUCGCUUCUUGCAUUCCAGCUUCUUGGGACGAUCUCCCCUAUUAAUUACUCCAUUGCCAACAUCAUGAAGAGAAUUGUUGUGAUAAUGUUUGCAUUUCUUUGGGAGGGAUCUUUUAGCUUUGUUGGAUACCAGAGCUACGGCGUCUUACUAACGAUCGCCGGGUUGUACUGCUACGAUAAGUGGGGCAUGACUCACAAGCAGUAG